GUGUUAUACUGUGUUAUUAACACAUCAAAGCCGCUAUUGUCCUUGUGCUCUCUGUCAGAUUUUCGUUUCUCACACCUUGGUCGAGAACAGUAGUCAUCUGAACGAAGUAUACAACAUGAAAGAGAGAGGAUACAAGAGGAAUGAAAACACAUGGUGGAGUUUCCAGUGAUUUUUAAGCAAGAACAUCUGAUACAGAUGAUGCCUUUUCCAAACCCCAUUCUUCUUCUUCUGCUGUUGAUGCCGUGUGUGUGGGGAAAGUGCAUCUUUGAUGAGGUGCAAAGUUCAAUCCGGGUGCUGUCUCCUCCAGACAAUCGAUCAAGCCCUUCUGAUUGGGCCUUCAAAGAAGAUGAUGUGAAGCGUGAGGUGUCUGUUAAUGAACAAGAAGAUUGGCUGACACAUGUUCAGAUCCAGAACCAUCAGAAAGCAAUAUUACAAUAUUCUCCAUCCCAAAGAUCUAAAAGGAUGACCAGGGAUAGGAGUAAUGUCAUUGAUAAGCCACAGCCAAUUAGGAUUAAGACAUGGACUCCUAGAGAGAGCCCCGUCCUCUCACAGUGGGAAACAGAGAGACUGGAAGCAGCUGUCAGUGAUGCAAUCAACACGGUGUCCAAAUUACUCGCAGUAUGGAGGGUCAACAGGAAGCUGCUGCUGAGCAGAGAUAUCAAUAAGUACUGCCGCUUCAUCUGGAGGAACAGCAGCUCUGCCAACUUCAACAAAUGUGGCAGAGCCAGUGAUAACUACCGGACUGAGAGCUGUCUGGGUGUGACUAUCCCAGAUGACCACCUGAGUGGCUGUGUUGUUUACCCUCAUCCAGACCAGACAGACCUGAAGGUGAUAAAACCAGAUGGGGUGGGAAUUCCUGACACGGACGUCCUACUUUACGUGAAAGCUCAGAGCACUGAUAAAUGCAGAGCUGAUUCUAGUGUGCUGGCCUAUUCAGCACACUGUCAGAGCAACUCAGAGGGGCGACCAGUGGCUGGCGUUAUGGUCAUCUGCAGGGAGCCACUCAGCAUUGAGGGAUUCAGUCAUGAACACAUGGUGCAGACUGUGAUCCAUGAGUUGUUGCAUGUGCUGGGUUUCAGUAAAGAACUCUUCAGCAAGUGGACAGACCGUUCCCUCUCCUCCCAGAUAGGCAUGGACUCCUUCUCUCAUGGUCAGGUGAUUUACACUGAUGAGUCUGGACAGAUGAGGCUCUGCACUCCUAAUGUGAAUAAGGCUCUACACACACACCUCAACACCACACACACUGACCUGGGAGCCCCACUAGAAAAUCAGGAUGCUGAUUCUCGUGGUUUCUCCUCACACUGGGAGGCUCGAGUUCUGCAGGGUUCCAUUAUGACAGCCAUGUUGACAGAACCAGCUCUGGUCCGGAUUGAUGUGAUCACUCUCUCAGCUCUCCAGGACACUGGCUGGUACUCAGUCAACCUCAGCCAAGCCCAGAACUUGCUUUGGGGAGAGAAUGAAGGUGCUUUUUUUGGGUCUGUUUCCACCUGUAAGAGGUCCUCAUCCUUCUUCUGUACUGGCAGUGGAUUUGGUUGCCAUUAUCUUCACCUCCACAAGGGGGUGUGCCAGAGCGAUCAGUAUCUGGAGGGCUGUCGAAUUUACAAACCUUUAGCCAAUGGUAGUGAAUGUUGGAAAGAAGAGAAUGAGACAGGGAGUGGACCGGAGGUGUGGAGUGGAGAAAUUUUUCGCUCAGACAGCCGCUGUUUUCUCUCAAACAUUAUCAAAGAGGAUCAUUUCUCUUUCAACGCUUCUGUAACAGGCCGCUGUUACAGACACAGGUGCACUGGAAAGAACAGGUACCAGAUCCAGGUGAUGGGUUCUGAUUGGCUGGACUGCCCACCUGGGAGGAGCAUCAAGGUGUUUGGAUAUCGGGGUGCAGUUUUCUGCCCUGACAAACGAUUAUGUCAUUACCAUGAUACAGCUCCUCUCAGUUCACUGCACAAGCCCCUCCCCUCACUUCUGCUUCUCACUGCACCCCCAUCCAGGGAUCAAUCUCUGACACAAAGACCCAUAACUGGCCUGAAGUUUGACGCAGCUCUUCCCUUCUCAGAGAUGAGUGUCAUGACAGUGGUGGGUGUCAGUGCUGUGACCUUUUUCUUGGGCUCUCUCAUCAUAAUCUACAGGAAGUGCUGCCCAUCCAGGCUCCGAGUGCACGCACUCAUACAGUCACCUUAUGCACUGCAGGUGUAGCCCAUUGCAUCUCAAAGCUCUGCUGUAUAUACACAGUGCUUGCACAGCUGUUAAUAGACUUUGGUCUAACAUCCUGUUUUUUUUUUCUGUUGAGAAUAUUGCAGAAUGCCAGAUUUAAUUUAGAGAUAUUGACAUUUUUGUGAAUCGUUUAGGAAUCACAAAUCUUUUAAUGCAUUGCCUUCCAACACCAAAAGAUCAUACAUAUUUCCUGGAAUGAUUUAUGUACAUUUCAGUUAUAGCUCAAACUAAUUUACAGAAUAGAAAGAAGACAUAAGCAGGACAGUGUAACAUUUCCAAACUUUACACAGAAGCAAAAGAUCUGUCUACUGACUUACAUAUUUACUAAAUGUACAUUUCAAUUUAUUGAAUUUUCUAAUAGUUGUAAUAAUUUUCUAAUAGUUUUCUUUUUCUGUUUCCUUUUUUCCCAAACCAACAGAAAAAGAAAACUAUUAGAAAAUUAUUACAACUAUUAGAAAAUUCAAUAAAUUGA